UAGUCACCACUACAGCGUGGCACUCUUUCUCUUUCUAUAACCCCUUUACAGAUCCGGUCACCACCACCAUAAAUCCGAUCCCAAAAUCUAGGGUUUCAACUUCCAUCUUCCAACAGAUCCGGUCACCACCACCAUAAAUCCGAUCCCAAAAUCUAGGGUUUCAACUUCCAUCUUCCAUCUUCUACCAUUCCAUACCCCAAUCCUGCAACUCACCACCAACAAUGUCCAAGAUCCCAACCACCACUUACUCCACCACCACCACCACCACCGCCGCCGUCCCACCACCAACCUCCCCCUCCACACUCUUCGCACGCGCCAGAUUCCACACCGAAAACUUCGUCGCCAAACGCCGCCCAUGGCGCGACUUCUUCGACUAUUCCGCCAUAUCCAGACCCAUAUCAUACGACGACGCCAUGUCCAGAAUCCGACAGAAUCUCAACUACUUCAGAGUCAACUACGCCAUGGUUAUGUUACUAAUUAUAUUCCUAAGCCUUGUGUACCACCCAGUGUCAAUGAUUGUGUUUUUAAUCGUGUUUGUUGCCUGGUUCUUUUUGUACUUUUUUCGGGAUGCACGGAGUCCUAUUGUUGUGUUUAAUCGUGUGGUUGAUGAUAGGGUGGUGUUGAUUGGAUUGAGUUUGUUGACGGUGUUUGCUUUGGCGUUUACGAAUGUCGGAAUGAAUGUUUUGGUGUCGUUGAUUGUUGUGGUGGGAGUUGUUGCGUUGCACGCGGCGUUUAGGAGUCCGGAUGAUUUGUUUUUGGAUGAGCAAGAGGCGGCCGAAGGGGGCUUGCUUUCGGUUGUUGGUAGUGAUUCGUCUGCGCGAGGAACUUACGGGUUGAAUUAGACCGGGAAAAAGGUUUUGGUAAAUCACAGCUUGCACUUGGCAGGUGACCUUCAAGUGGUUAAUGGCAAGAAACCCGUGGAAGAAAGAUUCGAACCUGAGACCUAUAUUAGAGGGUAAUACUUGUGAAGUUGAGCAUUUCUCUCACGAUCACCAACUCACCACAUGGUAAAAGGCAAGCUUUCCGAAAUAUCAAGGUGAGUCCAUGGUUAAAAGAUAAUUCAUUUUCUUAUGUUCAUUGUCGAAUCUGCAUGGUGCCAAGGAUUUCUGUCUCUCAGGUUUUGUGUUUUAUUUAUCUUAGACCGUGGGGUAUGGUGGGGCUUGGGUUAGGGCCAUGAGCUGACACGUGGAGUUCGACUCCCCCCCCCCCCCCCCCCCCCCCAACCGGUGAGUGAUGUGUCCGUGGGGUAUGGCGGGGCUUGGGUUGGGACGUGGCUUGGCAUUUUAUUAAAAAAAAGCAAAUAUGACAUGGCCAACAAAGCGAAUAGGAGCCCGCCACAUAGGAUCGCUAGCCCGUCCCACGCCCGCCUUCAAACUCCCGCCCCUUGGGUCACACCCCAACCCAAGCCCCCGGGGUGGUGGCUUGGGCGUUUUCAGCCAACCCACGCCCCAACCCAAGCCCCAUACCCCAUAGUCCUAUGUUUGGGUUACUUAAAGUCUUAAACUUACUUUUGGAUUAUAAAUAUUUUGCAAACAUUCCUUUAUAUGCAGCCAAUGCCAUAGUACAUCAUGUCCUUUUAUGGAGCGAUGGUGUUCUUUGGUCUGCUUUUACUCGUGACAAGAUAUAUUUUCUGAGUACAAUACAUGUUCGGGUCGAAGUGGGCUUGCUGGGUAACGAGUCAAAAGAGAUUCUUUUCAAACAUGGGUAGCUUUUACUACGGGUCAAAAUGAGUCAAGUGCGGCCAGACUGGAUCCGCAAUUAGUUUUUUCUUAAUUUUAUUACAAGUAUUAUAAAUGAGUGUUAUGAUGCCAAAGGGGCGUGUGGGGCUUAGGCCCCGCGAAGACACGCGAUGCUGCCAUCUUGACUUGAUAAAUUACAGGCGUGCAGCACUUGCCUUGGUUCAGGCGCCGCCAUGUCCAACUGAAUAAGGUGGAAACAAAGUUGUAGAUAGACAAAAUCCCCUUAAAGUGACUCGGGAUGUAUAUUCAUUUUUUGGUCAUUUUUUCUUGGAUUUUUCUAAAUGUUUAAACUUGUUUA